AUCUUAUUUCAAAUUAAAUCGGCAAACGCAACAUACCUUCGUUUUUACUUUUUACAACCCGAUAUUCACUCCAACGGUACAUACCGACAAACGAACAUCGACGACAAUAACAAACUCAAGCUCAAGCGCAACUUCCUUGAUCCUUCUUCCGUUUGAAUCUUGAUAAACUUCCCUUUAUUACACUUCCAUAUCGACCUAAGAAUUCCUAUUUGACCUUUCGAAUUGCAAAAACCCUACCGUACAAUCAAUAUCUACUACGUAUGGAUUGAAUGUACUUGACAUCAGCAAUAAACAAAACAUACAACUACCGCUUCAAAUAGGAAUAUUCAACCAAAUAAAUACAUCGAAAACCACCCAAGGAUUUUUAUUUCUCACUUCACCAAAUUCAGCAGUGCUACAGUCCACUUUCAUAUACUACUCCGACUCCGACUACGACUACGACUACGACUACUACUACUACUACUACUACCACUACCUUAAUUAUUGUUUCAUAUUACUUUACGGGAAGGUUAAAGGUGAUUCACGACUCAUUACGACCAUUAUUGUACACGAAAACCAAUCUUCCAAUUCUUCUUACCACCUCGAUCCUUUACUCUUUGCUUCGCGAUCAGAACAUUUCAAAAAUUCCGACUUUGUUUGGUGACCAUUCACCGCAUUAGUCCUGCAUUUCGAUUUUUUGACCGCCAAACGAGUAUUUGUUUAUGGUCAACAACAACAGUCGCAACAGCUGCACAUCCUAUUGGUCACUACCUUGUAAUAUUGCAGGUGCAAGGAACGGAUGUUACCGCCAAGCAACAGAAAGGGCUUAAGAUAGUGAGAAGUCACGACACGAUCCCAUACGAAUUGAAGAUCGGUCAGAAACAACAAGAGAAUAACCACAGAUGUCGGAAUUACCAUCUUCUCCGCCUUCGGAUCCAGUCGACGCCAUCGCAUACUACAAACUACAAUAUGAGCAAUUGGAGGCGGAAUUGACCGAGUUUCAAGCGAGUUCGCAAGAGUUGGAAGCGGAAUUAGAGAAGGAUGUAUUGGCUGCGGAACGGAGGGAGAAAGUAUUGCGGGAGAAGGUAGAGAGUUUGGGAUUUGAAGUGGAAGAAUGGAAGGUAUGUCUUGUAAAAGAGGUGAACAUGAUAGAUCCGUAGUAUAGUUGGCUAACGAGGAUUUUAUUCGUAGACAAAAUAUAAGCAAUCCAAGAAUGAAGCAAAUGCCGCACAAAAUACAUUACAGAAGGAGGUCACUUCGUUACGAGAGGCGAACCGGGCGAUGCAGCUGCAAUUGCGAGACAUUGAAGUUCAACAUGAUGACAUCGAGAGGCAGGCGCGCAAUACCUUUUCAUCCUUGGAGGAUAUGGAAUCAAAAUUUAACAUGUCGAUUGAACGAGGGGUAAUGAUGGAGGAGGAAAUCAAGAUUGGUGAAAAGGAGAGAGAGCAACUUCGGAUUGAAACACAAAGAUUGCGGGAUGAGCUGUCGGAUUUAAAGGUAGAGGCAGACAUCAUGCAAGACAAGCUACGCAAACGACAAUAUCCAUCCAUCACGACCGAUUAUAUCACACCAAGUACUCCGUCAUAUGAACCUUUUGGGACAUCGCCUAGAUCCACAGCUUCCUCUCCACUCAUCAAUACUCCACCAGACACAAAAUCCAUCUCCACGACAGAUACCAUUUCCGAAACUCCUACCCCUCCAUCCCCACCAAUGUCAGAAGCUUCCGCAACGGCACGCAGCGGUCUGAACACACCGAUGAAUUUACCUCAAAGCAAACUCAAAAUGCCAGCUGGAAACUCAAGCGCAACAUCCAAGCAAGGCCUAUCUCGUUAUGUAUCUGGGACAGUACGUCACUCUCGAGGGGCAACACCAAACGGCAGUUCGAAAAUGAGGAGCGCAACGCCAGCAGUGAUUCGUCAAACGAAACAAAAGGCACCACCCACACGCGGCUUACCAAAUUCAACAUCUCUCACCCAUAUUCGAAGCCUUACAGCGCAAAUGCAAAGAUUAGAGCAAAGGGUUCAGUCUGCCAGAUCAAAAUUACCGGCGCCCGUCGCUAGUCCCUCUCAAACAACAUUAGCUAUGGGUAAUAAUUACAUGCCCCCCGGCGUUGCAGUACGGAGUAGGAACAGGACUGCAGGCAGUACCGCUAGCGCAAGCACCACAUCAUCCAUGACUGGAGAAGAGACCUCAACAAAACAUCUUCCCCGAGUAUCCGUAUCUGGAAUCGGCAGAAUCUCAUUUGGACCGGUUGCAAAUAGAGACGGCCACGAUAGUAGUCGACACAGUAGCAGGCCGCCUAGUCGACCAGGGAGUCGCGCUAGUGGCUCAAUUUAUGAUCGGCCACCAAGUCGAUCGACAGCUAGUCGCCCAGGCGCCAAGACCCCAACGUCUCAUUCUUCACAGUCACAAGUGGCGGAUCCGGUGAGGGCGAAAAGCAGUCUAGGGGGAAACUAUGCGGAUAGGCAGGGGGACGGACGACCUCAUACACACUCACAAAGUGUGUCACAUAUUGGCUAUGGCGUCGACGAGAACAGAGGAUCUGACCAUUCGACUCCCCUGGGCCGACGAGGAACUGUCAAUGGCUCCGAGGGGUUGAGCAUUACACCGCUAUCUGGACUUCCUCGUAGGAAAAGUGGUGGACAGUCUUUAUCGAUGUCGGGUCUACCCAUGCCUAGGAGGACGAGCACGAGUCAUGGAUUUCGAGAAGAGGACGAAAGAAUUAUCAAUCCUAGACAACCGGCGGGACUCAAUAAAGCUCCCACGCCACCAAGUGGCAGGCCAAGGAGAUUGAGUGGUGUUGGGGAAUGUUAUUAAGCUCUUAUGGAUGAACAGGAAUUGUUUCUUCCUCUUCGCUUCAACUGUAUACUGUCAUGGAAAUGGGAAUUUGGGAUCAUAUUUGAACGAGGGUGGAGGUCUGUAUAUCUGGGUUGCUUGCAUGGGCUAGGGCGUUUGUUUUUCUCACUCGUGCAUAGCUGGGCGGACAUGGAACGGGGUACAGUUUGGGAUUGAUACUACUGCUAUACCUUUUUUUUUGUUGAUUUGCUCUGCUCCUCUUAUCCUUCUCUUUCAAGGGGAGAGAGUUUUCGUUUUUUUCGUAAAUAGUGGUGGGGACUGGAUGGAUGGCUGAUGACAGGAGAAGGAGGCGGGAUGAGGAGAUUUUCAUUUGUUGGCGAGAGGGAACACGGGAGGGGCUGGACUGAUAAAACAGGUAUGAAGAAAGAGCAUGGAUGAAUGGAUGGCAUGGGAUGGCUGGGAGUGAGCGCUACAGACACAAGCAGACUACAAGAAUGAAAGAAAUGAUUAUGAUGAUUCAAUU